UCAGCAACUUUGCAGACUUGGGGCUGGGGGGCUGUUGUGGGCUUUGGGCAGCCUCCAGCCAGCUAGGUGGAGUGUGUGUGUGUGCGUGCGUGCGCGCGCGCGCGUGUGUGUGGGCGCGCGUGUCUGACCACAGGUAGUAUUCAGAUUACCCUGCCUGUUCUGGUCUGUUCUCUGCCAUCUGACCAGGACGGUACAGCUCAGCCGGUCCCAGCACUGGAAUUUCCCAGGAGCUGGGGGAGCAUGGAAUUUGGACUUUCCUGAGCAGCUGAAGUGAAGCGCGGCGCUUGUCAGACCCAGGAGAGCACCAUGGAUGGCGAACCGCGGGGCAGGGACGACAGCAAGCUGCCGAGGCCAGGAGGCCCUCCUGACGUCAGGCUCCUUUCAAACCCAUUGAUGGGGGAUGUUGUAUCUGAUUGGUCUCCUGUGCACGAAGCUGCAGUCCAUGGACGUUUGCUGUCUUUGAGGAACCUCAUCAGCCAGGGGUGGCCUGUGAACCUCAUCACGGCAGAUUAUGUGUCCCCACUCCAUGAAGCCUGUCUUGGAGGUCAUCCUUCUUGUGCAAACAUUUUAUUAAAGCAUGGAGCUCAGGUGAAUGGUGUUACUGCAGACUGGCACACUCCCUUGUUUAAUGCUUGUGUCAGCGGCAGCCAGGAGUGUGUGAAUUUGCUUCUGCAGCAUGGAGCCAGCCCCCACCCUGCAAGUGAUCUGGCCUCCCCCAUCCACGAAGCUGCUAAGAGAGGCCAUGUGGAGUGCAUCGAGUCUCUUGCGGCUCAUGGGGGCGACAUUGACCAUAACAUCAGCCAUCUGGGCACACCAUUAUAUCUGGCUUGUGAAAACCUGCAGGUAGCCUGUGCCAAGAAGCUUCUGGAAUCAGGAGCAAGUGUGAACCAAGGCCGGGGACUGGACUCCCCUCUUCACGCGGUGGCCAGGGCGUCCAAUGGGGAGCUGGCCUGCUUGCUCAUGGACUUCGGAGCAGACACUCAGGCCAAGAAUGCUGAAGGCAAACGUCCCUCGGAGCUGGUGCCUCCAGAGAGCCCCCUGACCGAGCUCUUCUUGCAGAGAGAAGGGCCCCCUUCUUUGAUGCAGUUGUGCCGCCUUAGAAUUUGGAAGUGCUUUGGAAUCCAGCAGCAUCAUAAGAUCACUGGCCUCAGCCUCCCUGAGGAGCUGAAACGGUUUCUCCUACACAUUUAAGUGUGUCAAGGGAAUGGAGUCACAAACAACAGACAAACGUUAAGGGUUGAGACCCCUGAGGUUUUAAAAUAAAAUCAGGUUUAUAGAA